GAGGGACGCCGCCGCGGCGGAGCUUCUGGGCGCCACCGGCCAAGUCGCGAACGAGGGCGAGCCGGGGAAGGCGGACCGAUUGGGAGGGGACAUGGAGGCCUCCGAGAAGAAGCUGCCCAGGGCUAUACUUGGCCAUGGAGACUAUGACUCUGAUUUUAGUGAUGAUGAAACGGUGGAGAAAUCUUGCCAACAGAAAAAUAGCAAAGAUGCAAUUCUCAAAAAGCCUUUCCAGAAGGACAAGCCGGACAAGGUGGCCCACAGACAGGUGGCAAUGGAUGAGUGGGACAGGGAAGAAGCCCGAAAUAGACGCUUCCAUUUAAUAGCAAUGGAUGCUUAUGCAAGACAUAGGAAGUUCGUAAAUGAUUACAUUUUAUACUAUGGUGGUAAGAAAGAAGACUUCAGACGUUCAGGAGAAAACGAUAAAACUGACCUUGAUGUUAUAAGGGAGAACCACAGGUUCUUGUGGAGAAAAGAGGAUGAAGUCGAUAUGAAUUGGGAGAAGAGGCUGAGCAAGAAAUACUAUGAUAAAUUAUUCAAAGAAUACUGUAUAGCAGACCUGAGAAACUACAAAGAGAACAAGUUUGGAUUUAGAUGGAGACACGAGCAAGAAGUUGUCUCAGGAAAAGGGCAUUUUUCUUGUGGAAGCAAACAUUGUGAUGAAAAAGAAGGCUUAAAGAGCUGGGAGGUGAAUUUUGGCUAUACUGAACAUGGGCAAAAGAAAAACGCACUUGUUAAAUUAAGACUCUGUCCAGAAUGCUCUUUCAAAUUAAAUUUUCAUCACAGGAAAAGGGAGGUGAAAUCAGGAAAGAAUCAAGACAACAAAGAACAAAGCUCCAAAAUUUUAAGUGGUAAAAAGUCAAGAGCAACUUCACCACAUGGACACAAGGCAAAGAAAAAAAAGAUCCAUGAAGGUCCAGCAUCAUUGGAAGAAUCAAACAAAACUGAUGCAGACUCAGAUGAUGAUGAUCAGGAAGAUGGUCCUUCUGAGGCAGAUUUCUGGAGGGGUCCACCACAGGAUGUUGAUGAAAAAACAAGGGAGGAAGAAUUUGAUGAAUACUUUCAAGACUUGUUUCUCUGAAAUGAGAUCUCCAAAUCUGAAAUUUGUUUCUUCAUAUUCCUCAUAAUCUGUAAAUAAAAAGCAGGUUUUCACA